AUGGCUCGAAUUCUUUCUUUCCCAGCCCUAUUCCAGUCUCCGCGCCGCCUCCUCCCCGCCGCCCUCCGCCUCUCCCUCUGCCACCGCUCCAGCCGCACGGUGUUCCUGGAGGAUACCGUGGUCGACGCCGAGGAUUCCGGAUCGGAAUCGAGCUCGGGAUCUGGAUCCGAUUCUGGCGAACGCGAUGCCCGCUUGAUGCCCCCCGUUGACGACGCCAUCCAAAGCAUGGUCGCCCAGCACUACGCCCCCGAUUGGCUCCCUUUCGUCCCCGGCGCCUCCUACUGGGCCCCGCCCCAGAAUCACCCCUUCGUCCUCGUGGAGGUCGUCACCGGGCUCGAGGAUUUCAAUCUCUCGCAUCCGCUCUCCUCGGAUUAG